UAGCUGUGGAUGUCAACCAAGUAUCAGAAGAACGACCAAGUUGCAAGCAUUUCUCCUGUUUUCACCAAUAUUUCUCUUUUCUCCUUUGAUAUUUUCUGGUUGUGUUUCUAGGUUGUACUUUAUUUCUUAACAGGGUCCAUGACGGCUGUUCUGUCUCCUACAGAUGCGCUACGCAGAGACCCAAUAAUGGCCUCCAUGGAAGACAACCAGUUCAAUUACUCGUCCACUGACUGGAAAUCAAAGUACAAUGAGGUCGCCGAUAUGCUGGCAGAGACUCGGGCAGAACUCGAUGAAUUUCACACUUCCAGCAAGGAACUUGAGGAGGAGUUAAUCAAGGAAAUAGACCGUACAGAGAAGGCACAGCAGGAUCUCAAAGUCAAGGUCGCGAGGACCGAAUUAGACCGAGACGAAUGGAAGUCCAAAUUUAUAACGCUGCAGACCACCCACAAUACAACCACCACUUCCUUGCAACGAGAGCUGGAUACGCUCAGGCAGGAGUCUCAGAAAUUGAAGGUCAGGUUGCGCGACCUGGAGUUGGGCAAUGAUGACCUCGAGAGAAAUGAACGUGUGGUCGCGUCAAGUCUGGCGGAUAUAGAGUCGAGAUAUUCCAAGGCGUUGGAGGAAAAAAUAUUACUCGAGCACGAGCUUCUUGACAAGGCUAAUAUGGAGGAAGAACUACAGCGUGUCAAGGAUGAGCUCCGAGAUUCAUCUGUAGAAAUUUCUAUCCUCAAAGAUCAGCUAUCAGCUGCUCGCUCCAGGGCGCUGAGCAUUGUGACUGAAACUUCUACUUCCACCGCCGAUUCGUCAAUAUUCCCUCCUAUCUCGACGGCUUCAUCAGAUGACAAUCUGCUUAGCACACCACCACCGCCAGACCUUGAACUAUCUGAUCUUUCUUCCCACGAGAAAUCUUCUAUUCCGACCCCUUCUCGUCCUCCUUCUACCGCUGCCAGCUCAGGGUUUGGACAGUCCGUCCUACUCCAGCGCGCAGGUUUUCAACCGAGCAAACAUAACCCUAAUGCUUCCUCACCUUCAUCAAUCACGCGUUCGAGCACCCUUCCAACCCUUGCUGCUCCACGCAACUUUCCUCGGACGCCUGUCCCUGUCCCACGACCUAACGCUGUUACUACCAGUUCUAGCGUACCCACCAACAUCACUGCCAUACCUAUGAUGGCAUCGAAAAGCAAAGGUGUUCAAAUGGUUUCCGAAAUGCGUGCUCGUGUCAAGAAUCUGGAACAGAAGAUCCACACACGUGUCCCUCGCUUACGGAUGGGCAGUAAUGUUGGGCGGCAGGGAGCCACAAUCUCCACAAUGGCAUCCACAUCCACGAUAUCCUUGGCUCCUAAGAGUACCUCUACACGCUCCGUGAUCCCGGAUAGCAAACUUGCCAAACCGAAUCCACAGCGGCUUGGCGUCGAUAUUGCUUUGGCGAGCGGUGCGACCACUCCUAACCCUGAUAAUUCGGGAUGGGUUCUCAUUAUGGACGAGAGUCCCUCUCCGAAUAAGGAUGCCGAGACGGAACACAGACGCCCAUCCAGUCCCUCAGCCCCCAGCGCUUUUCGCCGUGGAGUUCCUUCGUCGGCAUCAUCUCCUACUUUCUCCAAGCCCAGUUACUUCGGCCAGAGCACAAUGACCCAUAGUCGUCGUCCUCAAUCACGCCUCUCCGGAGCAAGCCUCAGCACUACAGCAACAUUCAGUUCCAUCCCUACUCCUUCAUCACGUCCCGCAACUCCUACUUUCCUCCCCAUCCCGAUCUCCCGUCCAGGAGUUACUGGCUUCAAGAAGUCCACCGGGCCAGGGGGCGGUCCAUAUGGUCAACCAAAACGUUCCUCCAUAGGUUCCAGUGAUACUGGGUCACCUACCCCAUCCUCUGAUUCAGAGUUUCGUCCUCGUGAACGACCGUUCUCAUACAAUGGGAAAGUCCAGAAUAACUUGAAGUCGUUACCGCAGCUCCCGUUGUCGCACUCAAACGUGACAGUCCGUGCAUCAUCUAGAAUCCCAUCCUCUGCCAGCAGUGCCUCGAUAUUGUCGCAGAGCAGGAUUGGUCGACCUGCGGGCAUCACCAGUGGGCGGAAGAGCGGCGGAUUAGAGCCUCCUGGUCAAGACAAUGGCGGUUUGCUAGAACCCGACCCUGACAAGAAACCUCGGAGCAGGUCCGGGAGCACCGUGCUCAGUUUUGGACGUGGUGGCGCUUGAGCCGCCAUGCAUGCAGUUAUUUUCUUGGAUUUUUUCUUCUGAUUACCUCAUAUUCCGACUGUGACAUGCUAUGCUGACUUUGGAGCGGCACACCCUGACGAUCAUUUACACUACACGCAUCCCAGGUCUUGAGGACCAACACUCCAUGCCCAUUCGUUUUCGCGAACUAUCCUGCAGGGUGAACCUGCUGAUCCAUGCCUCCUAUGACAUUAACGAACAACCGAAUACCCAUUUGCCAGCGACACUACACGAUUCUGUCCUCACUUCCGCUGGUACCAUGAUACAUUACUUGUUUAUUUCUGCAGCCGAUCUGUGCUCAUAUUUUUCUUUUCCAUCUGUCAUUUUAUUCUUUCUCUGCGGAAUUGUGUGAAUUAUUCCUAAUGAUCAUUUUACGUAACCAAUGACAAUCCUUGUAAGCCUCGAC